CAACUUCACCGCCAUUGGCCGCGCCUCACCGCGCCGCGCUCUCAUUGGCCGGGCGGCGCGUGAGCCCCGCCGCCAUUGGCUCCUCCCCGCGUCAAUCACCGUGAGGGGAGAGCAGCACCGCCAUUGCCAUGGCCGCGUACCGGGUGCGGGUCCGCACCGGGAGCGCUCCCGGCGCCGGCACCAGCGACGCCAUCGCCGUGACGCUCGUGGGGAGCCGCGGCAGCAGCGCCAAGACCGCGCUGGACCGCUGGGGACCCGACUUCCAAUGCGGGGCGGUGACAGAGUACCGUGUCCCUGUCCCCCGUCCCCUGGGGCGCCUCCUGCUGCUCCAGGUGCACAAGGGGCCCUGCGGGGGCCUCCCCGAGAGCUCCUGGUACCUGGAGAGCGUCACCGUCACCGUGUGGGGACAGCGCGGGGACACCGCCGGGGACACAGCCGGGGACAGCCCCGACACCUCGGACAGCGAGGACAGCGCUGGGGACAGCGAGGACGAAGAGGAGGAGGAGGAGGAGGAGGAGGAGGAGGAAGAGGAGGAGGGGACAGGUGACAGCGAGGAGGAGGGGACAGGUGACACCUUGGAGGAGGAGCCGGAGGAGGAAGAGGAGGAGGAGCCAGAGGAGGAGGAGGAGGAGCCAGAGGAUGGCACAGGUGACAGCGGUGACGUCGGUGAUGACAGUGAAGGUGACCCCGAUGACGUCACUCACCUGGGCCCCUUCCACUUCCCGUGCUAUCGAUGGCUGGAGGGGUUCGGCACCUGGGAGCUGCCCGAGGGCACAGCCACCACGCCGGCCAUGGAGCGACACCCGCGGCUGCAGAGACAGCGCCGGCGACACCUGGUGCAACAGCGGCGGCGCUACAGGUUGGCCCCGUUUGCCCCCGGGCUGCCCUGGGCGCUGCCCCAGGGGACGCCGCUGGACCCCGACCUGAGCUACAGCUGGGCCAAGGCCUCGGCCUUCUACCUGAGAGGGAGCGCCGCGAAUCUGGAGGCCAAGCUCCGCGGGUUCCUGGCCAGGCCCUGCUCGUGGCCCAGCGUGGAGGCGAUGACCAGAGUGUUCCGCUGCUUCCACACGCCCGUCACCGAGUACGUGGUGCGGCACUGGCAGUCGGACGCGUUUUUCGGGGAGCAGUUCCUGAGCGGGGUGAACCCCGUCCUGCUGCGCCGCUGCCGCCGCCUGCCCCCCAACUUCCCGGUCACCGGGGACACGGUGGCACCGAGCCUGGGGACAGGGACCACGCUGGCACAGGAGAUGGAGGCAGGGAACAUCUACCUGGCCGAUUAUGGGGUGCUGCAGGGGCUCCCCACAGCCACCAUCGACGGGCGCCCCACCUUCGUGGCCGCCCCCCUGUGCCUCCUGCACCAGCGCCCCGACGGAGCCCUGCUGCCCCUGGCCAUCCAGCUCUCUCAGGACCCCGGCCCGGCCUCCCCGAUUUUCCUGCCCCAGGACCCGCCGUGGCUCUGGGCCCUGGCCAAGGCCUGGGUGCGCAGCUCCGAGUUCCAGGUGCACGAGGCGCUGACGCACCUGCUGCGGGCGCACCUGCUGGGCGAGGUGUUUGCGCUGGCCACGCUGCGGCAGCUGCCGCCACAGCACCCGCUCUUCAAGCUGUUGAUACCCCACACCCGGUUCACGGUGCAGAUCGGGGCCCUCGCCCGGCGCUUCCUCCUCAACCCCGGGGGGGUCUUUGACCGGGCGGUGGCGCUCGGCCGACGGGGUCUCCUGGCGCUGGUGGCGCGGGGGCUGCGGGCGCUGCGCUGGCGCUCGCUGGUGCUGCCGCGGGACCUGCGGCACCGCGGGGUGGCGGCCACCAGGGGGCACCACUUCGGCAGCGACGCCACCAAGGUGUGGCGAGCCAUCCGCAGCUUUGUGGCCUCCAUCGUGUCCCUCUAUUACCGCGGUGACGCCGAUGUCCAGCAGGACCCCGAGCUCCAGGCCUGGGUGGGCGAGAUCUUCACCCGCGGCUUCCUGGGCAGGAGGAGCUCAGGUGUCCCCUCCCGCCUGGACUCCGUGCGCGGCCUCGUCACCUUCGUCACCACCGUGAUCUACACCUGCUCUGCGCACCAUGCGGCCACCAACAGCGGCCAGUUUGAGCUCUCGGCCUUCCCCCCCAACGCCCCGGCCGCCAUGCGGGCGCCCCCUCCCCAAUCCAAGGCCGCCCUGAGCGAGCGCGACUUCCUGGAGGCUCUGCCGGCCAUGAACACCUCGGCCACGGUGCUGGCCGUGCUCUGGGUGCUCAGGAACGAGCCCAUGGACAUGCGCCCCCUGGGCCGUUACCCCGACCGUCACUUCACCGAGGGCGCCCCCCGGGCGCGGAUCCGGCGCUUCCGGCGCCGCCUGCGCCGAAUCUCGCGCCAGAUCCGGGCCCGGAACGCGGCCCUGGAGAGACCCUACCCCUACCUGGACCCCGAGAGCAUCGAGAACUCCGUGGCCAUCUGAAAACGGUGAAAAAACGGGGAAAAAACGGGGAAAAAACGGCAAAAAAAGGCGGAAAAAUCGCCCCAAAAUAGCCCAAAAUCACCCCAAUAAUAUCCCAAAAUUACCCCAAAAUCACCCCAAUAAUAUCCCAAAAUCUACCCCAAAAAUAUCCCAAAAAACACCCUGAAAACAACACAGAAAUAUCCCAAAAUAUCCCCCAAAAAUAUCCUGAAAUUACCCCAAAAAACACCUCAAAAAUAUCCCAAAAUCACCCCAAAAUCCACCACAAAAAUACCCCAGAAAUAGCCCAAAAUUACCCCAAAAAACACCUCAAAAAUAUCCCAAAAUAUCCCCCAAAAUACCCCAAAAUCACCCCAAUAAUAUCCCAAAAUACACCUCAAAAAUAUCCCAAA